AUGGCGAUGGAGGGGCGGGUCGAUGGUCUCUCCCUCCUCCAGCUCCCCCUCUCCGUCGUCGUCUCCUCUGUGGAAGAUCUCGUCUGCGAUCUGGUCCUUUUCCUCAUCUUCAUCAUCGUCCAUCGUCUUCACGCGGUCAUACUUCUUCUUCUGUCAGGGCCACAGAGGGAGAGAGAGCUUUUAACUGGGGUCCAUGCGGUCAUAUGACAAUUGAAUGUGUUACUAAUGUGUCGUCGUGAGUCAUUUUAAUAACAAAGCAUCUCAGAGUAGGAGUGCUGCUAAAGGAUCAGUUUGACCUUCUAGAUAAUAAUGAAUAUGAUCUAAUGAUAUGAUUAUAUAGACAAGGGUGGAUAUGAUCCUAGAUCAGCACGUCUACUCAGCAACUUUAUUAAUAUAGGCUUAGAUUCCCGAUUGAAAGCACCCCAGAGAGGAUGUGUCUGCUUACCCUCCUCUUGACUUUGACGCCCAAGUUCUCCUCAAUGAGGUCCAGAUCAUCAUCAUCCAGGUAGUCAUCAUAGUCUGGAGGGAGGGAGGAAGGGAGAGGGAGGGAGGAGAGAGAGGGAGGGAGGGAGGGAGGAGAGAGGGGGGAGGGAGAGGGAGGGAGGGAGGAGAGAGGGGGGAGGGAGAGGGAGGGAGGGAGGAGAGAGGGAGAGGGAGGAGAGAGGGGGGAGGGAGAGGGAGGGAGGGAGGAGAGAGGGGGGAGGGAGAGGGAGGGAGGGAGGAGAGAGGGGGGAGGGAGAGGGAGGGAGGGAGGAGAGAGGGGGGGGAGGGAGAGGGAGGGAGGGAGGAGAGGGGGGGGGGGGGGGGGGGGGGGGGGGAGGGAGAGGGAGGAGAGAGGGGGGGGUAGAAAAAGGUUGGGGAGGGAAAGAAAGGGAAAAAAGGAGAGAAUGAGACAGAUAGAGGGAAGGCAAGAAAGCGGAAAUUAGUUUCCAUAAAAUUGCUUGAAUUUAUCUACUAGACAAGACUAUCAGAUCCACAAAGUGGAAGGGAGUGAAUAACCUUUUCGAAUGAACGUCUUAAACAGCCCAGUGGCCUUAUUUAUAAGCUGUGCGUACGUACAAAAUAUACCCCAAACUGUGCUUGCGCCAGUUUUCACACAAAAGUUGGCAUUUCUAAAAAUGUUCCUUGACGUGAGAAUGUGCUUACCACUCCGUAAACUUUAGACCACGCGUACGCACAUCUGCUAGUGAUUGAAAUAUUGUAUUGUAAACUGGCAAGUAAGUAUGUUGUGCAAAUGAGGGAUAUGAUGAAAAGAUUACUCAUAAAAACAAACAAAACAAAAAAACAUUAACAAGAAUGCAGCCAUUUGCCGUUGGUGAGGAGCGAAAAUCUGUGUUUUAUUUUUUAAAUCUAAAAUAGACGUAUGAAUCUUUUCCCUAUUAAUUUUAUUUUCAUAACCAUUGCAGAAUAAAUUCCUCACCUUUUCUGACUGUGAUGGUUUCAUACUCCCGAAGUAUCCUAUAGGCCUACAACGUCCCAUCUCUCAUUUAAUUAGACCCACUUUACAGUAAUAAAUAGAUAAAUAUUAAAUAGAUUUCAAGUAUUUUGCUCUAUGCGAUCUGAUCCAAAGCGCAGUUUAACAGUAGAAAAGACGGUUCACCUUUUCCAUUUAUGUUUUUGUAGGCUACUGUACGUCUGAAUAGACUCCUGUAAUUUCAAAUGUCUCAAGUAAACAAUAUUCCAUUUAUAAUACAUAUUUUCAUAACCAUUGCAGAAUAAAUUCCACACCACCAUUUCUGGCCAUGAUGGGAUCAUACUGAAGAAGCUUUAGCCUACAACAGAUUACCAUCCGCAUCUCAUUUCAUUGGGCAUAUUAGAUAGGUGAAUAUUUCAAAUAUUUUGUUCUAUGCAUCCGAAAGGGAGCACGGUUUAUAAUAUACAGUAGAAUUUAACAGAUGAAGUGUUCAGGCUACCACUGUGUGUAGGCCUACUGUAGUUGAUAAAAAUAGACAUAGGUUACUAGACAAUGUUUCAGAAUUUGCGGGCAGUGCAGUAUAUUUAGGUUAGGGAAAAAGUAAACGCAAAACAUUGCAUUCAAACGAUCUGUUCACAGGUCCACAACAAUUUGCACACAAAAAAAAGUCAGAAACUGCAGCAAAUGUCACUGCCAACACCGCCAGAGACAUUUAAUCCAGUUCGCUAUUGCUAUUUCCUUUAGAUACUGCCUUGGCCUUAAUCCAAUACUUCCAAAGUAUAGCAAAUAAGGGUGUUAUUGUCACCAUAAAAGGUGAAUGAUGGGAGUUUUAAUGCUCGUUCACAGGCACACAGUUUCAGGACGGGUCUGAUGUAUAAUGUGGAAACAUGCAUAUGUAUGACUUGCGGCAAGUUUAUAAAUCUCAAACUUUUUGUACGUGCGCAGUCUUUUCAGAAAUGGCGCACGCAGAUAUUUAGUGUGAAAUGUACACAAUGGUUAUAAAUGAGGUCCCUGAAGCCCAAACUCACUGCGUUUCUUGCGUCUGUGUCUGACUUCAUCCUCUGAGUCGCUGCCGCUGCCCGCUCCUCCACUCUUCUUUUCUUCCUCAUCAUCAUCAUCAUCAUCGAUGAGCCCCCUCAGGUUCCCGUGCUCAUCCUGGUCCUCUGUGUUUAACUCUUCCUCCUCUUCCUCUGUUUGGGGAGGAGGAGGAAACGUUAAACACACAGGCAAACACAUUUGCGUAUAAACACACACACACACUCACGGACUGAUGAAGACUUGACAGAAGAAUUGCACGGGCGGACAGACAUUAAUUCAUCAUACUCAUCUGAUGAUUACAUAAGAAAUCAGUAAAUUGUAAUAAUCUGCUCAAGCUCACCAUCAUCCAUAAACGCCUGGGUCUUUUUGGGCUUUAGGUCUUUCUCCUCAAACUCCUCCUCUGACUCCUCAGCCUCGCUGUCGAUGAAGUCAGACAUGUCUGCAAGGCCUGGACAGACACACACUACAGGUUAACACAAGACGUGCGGCAGUGCAGUGGUUCCCAACCUUUUUUGGUUGCUGUACCACCAACUGAAUUUUGCUCUGCCAGGAGUACCCCCUCCUGUGCAAUUUUACCAGUAGGCCUAUGGUCUCAUGAGUCUUCUCAAGUACCUCCCUGUGGAUAGGCCAAGUAGCCCCAGGGAUCCUAACAUCCCAGGGUGGGAGCCACUGCGCUAGAGAGAAUUUGUAUCAGAGAAUAUUGGUCUCGGAGUUGCUUUUAACAGUCUUGCUGUCACUAAUUGCAAAGAUGCACCAAACCAGGAAAACUCGAGAAUAGAGGGUUGAUGGGGAUGCAAAGACGUCACUAGCAUGGCACUGAAUCCCACGCAACAACGUUCAGAAGAGAGCAUCGUGGAUGGAUUGCUGAACAGAAUGAGUUGGGCGAUUCUGGAACAUAAUGUUCACCUAGAGAUGAUUGACGUUUCGCGCACAAAAGACAAACAGCACACUUACAUUUACAUUUUAGUCAUUUAGCAGACGCUCUUAUCCAGAGCGACUUAGUUAGUGAGUGCACGUUGAUAAUGAAUUGUGAAUUAUGUACCCUUGACUUCAGUUAGCAAUCUGUUUUGUUGCUAAAUCACGGUACUGGGAGACAACAACAAGGCUCCUAGGCUAGCUGCACUUCGCAGUUAGCUAGCUAGCCAGGGGGACAAGAAGAAUCAGUCGAGUCACGGCUAUUCUUAAAAUAACUUACUUCUCCCUGCGACGAGAUUUAACUUAAAUCCUUGAAAUGUAGAAGGAUGUGUUGGUAUGCUAUACUUUCAUGCAGCUUCUAUACAAAUGGCUGAUGAGUUCCGGUGUUGAAGAAACUUCCGACGCCCCGCUGCUGUGUCACGGAAGCGGUUUUUGCUUGUGGAUCUCACCAACUCCCUCUGGUGGACAAUGGUGGAACGUCAAGUCCUACGACUACGUUCUGCAGCGAUUGAAGUAAAAUAACGAACUAAUAAGUAUUGUUUCCAACGUUAAGAAACGAAAAAGACUCAGAAAUAGUAAAUUCUAACAAAACCUUGAAAAGUCCCAUCACUUCUCUGUAAUGUUUCGAAUCUGCAAUAACUACUCCGCGCCACCAGCCGGCGCAAAGGCAGAUUCUCUCUCCUUUCCCACUGUGCCAUUUCGAUGACGUAGCAUAAACUAAUUUAAAUCGCUGAUUUUAUUGGCAGCGGAGAGCGGUAAUGGAUAAAUGUACUGGGACCGCACACUUUUUAUUGAGCUCUUUCUUAUUAUCAUGUUUAUUUGGGCUAUCGCUCGGAACGGAACUGAGCUUUGUGACUUGCGGCUCGGUCGUGAAGCUGUUAAAUGUAAAGCACAAUGUCAGACUGCACUCUCACGACGUGCGCUACGGCUCUGGUGAGUAAAUACAUUCUAGCUAGCUAACUGCUAGCUAGCUUGACCAGAGGAAAUGGAAACAUCAGGAUGGCUUGAUUAGAUUCUGUCUCUCUCUCUCUCCGUCCCUCCUCGCUUUUCCAGUGUGUUCACUUAACGUUAUUGACUGGUGUUCUUAAAUGUAAUGAUGUGUCUGUUUACCUGACUAUUGAUUUCUGUCUGUCUAUUGAUCUCUGUGUGUCGCCUGCCUGGUAGCGGGCAGCAGUCUAUGUGUGUAUUCAUCUCUGUAUAUGUGUGACCCCUUGCAGGUAGCGGACAGCAGUCAGUGACAGGGGUGACUACAGUGGAGGACAGUAACAGUUACUGGAAUGUACGGGGCACCAGCGGGGCCCUAUGUCAUAGGGGGACUCCUGUUAAGUGUGGUCAGACCAUCCGCCUCACCCACCUCAACACCGGACGCAACCUGCACAGCCACUAUUUCACCUCUCCGCUGUCCUCCAACCAGGUCAGGGGAAACAUCAUGGUUGCGUCCCAAAUGGCUCCCGAUUUAGUGCACUACUUUUACCAGGGCCCAGGGAAUAGGUUGUCAUUUGGGACAAAACCUAUGUCAAUACAUGUUUAUUUUGUUCUGAAACACACUGUACCCUGGUUCCCUGUCAGGGGCCUCAUUUAUCAACCGUUCAAACGUUCUCACUAAAUUCUGGCGUACGUGGAGAUUAUAGGAUUUGCUUGCGCAACAAAGUAUUGGGAUUUAUCAAACUGUCCCAUGCAACAUAUUGGCAUAUUUUCAUUGAUAAAUCAGCGCCAUCCUACACUGUAUUUGUAUGCUCGUGAAUGAGCAUUAUAACCUCGCCUGGAGAUAUUGGAACUGGACCAUGACAGUUUCUAAAAUAAAUUGCAAAAUUGAUCACCAGUGUUUCUCCUGGAGUGGGGGGUUCAUUGCUACUAGCGUUAAGCUCGCACAGAGACGUGGGUGUAUUUGUGCAUAUGUGUGUUGUCUAUAGGUCAGUGGUCACCAACCUUUGCUGAGUCAAGAUCACUUUUGUAGUCAUGAUUUAAAAAAUGUCUUAUUAACCUAAUAAACUGUUCUGAAGGAAUGAGGUUUGUGCAGUAGGCGUAAUACAUUAUCACAGCAUAUUUGCCUAAUACAUUAUCACAGCAGACCAUAUUAUAUUUCAAAAGCUUUGAUAACAAAAUAGAUCAGUUGGUGUAGCACUUGCGAGGCACAGCUGAUCAUAAUUUGCAAAUCAUUUGUUUUUUUAUUUUACUGGACUGAUGGUACCUGCAUCUGAUGGUCAUGGCACUUUCAAGACAACGGGGAACUCUGAAAAGAAACUAGGUCAAAUCAUGAUGUCAGUGAUCUUCAGGUCCGAGUUAGAAUUCCAGAUGUUUUGAACACGGCAUUAGUCUCUGCGGAGGGAGGGUUUGAGACUAACCAGAGAGAGGGGACAGUGUCUUUCACCUAAUGGCGAAACACGAGUCGCACCGCAUCUGCAUCAUGCACGAAUUAAUGUUGUUCCUAUGACCAGAAUAAGUGAAAUAUUCCUCCAUAUUAAAAUAGACACGACGAGCUGCUAAUAAUAAUACAAACGCAGGGCUAUCUAUACACUUGGCUACUCAUUCAUUGCAGCGCGAGUGGAAGUAGGGAGAAGCGUGUUUUAUGUUUUGUAAUAGUGUUGAAUAAAACAGUGUUGGAAGUGGUGAAUAAAAACUUAGACAUGAACUCACUCAAACAGCAGCUCUUUGCUGUAUUCUUUGACAGUCUCUCUCAGGUCAUGGUUUUACAAGUUAUGAAAUCUCACGUAGGCUAGUAUCAAACUUUGUAGUGGCCGGGGUCGUGGAAGCUGUAGCCACGGUGAUUUGAGCUAUCCGAUUGGCCAGCGCAGUAGGGGCACUCGAUUUAGCCACAGAUCUCCCGGUCUUUUCAGACAAAUUUAAAUGCUUCAAAAUGGGAAAAAAUUGCCUACCCGGUACACAGGGCUUCUGAAUCAAGUGCACCUACUGCCAACAGCGCCACAUGAAUAAAUAACAAAAGGAGCGCAAGCCUUUAUCAUUGGCUUUUCAGAACUGUUUGGUGAUCGACUAGGAAUCCCUUGAAGAUCGACCGGUUGGUGACCAGUGCUCUAGGUUUACUCCAGCUGGUAAUGGUGAGUCCAGAGGUAAAAGGACAGGUGCUCGGGCAUUGGUUGAGGUGUCUGUGUCUGUCUCGCUUGCUCGCGAGGUGAGUGUGUGUCCUGCCAGUGAAGAACUACAGUCAUGAGUUUGAGCUGGAUGACAACACUGACAUCCUCUUGCUCACUGCCGUGGUCCAGAUUAGAGGUCUUCACGGGUCCGCGAAGUUGGACCCGUUCUGAAAUGGACCUGGGGCUUUCCCACCCGAUAUGCAUACAUUUAUUUUCAAAAUAUAGAGACCAGUUCCGAACGGACCCGAGGCCAACUUGACCCGUUCCGUAUAGACCUUGUCGGAUCCAGACUCGUUCUGAUCCGAGUGAGGAAAGCAGCAGAAAAGUAAUUUUGUAAGCUACUUUAUUAACCAGAGCUGAUAAAGCGUGAGAGGAGGGAGAGAGAGGUGCCGCUCUAGCAGGCGAGGGAGGGGCCGUACUGUGACCGAGUGAUACAGGGAGGGAGAGACCGCAAACAACCAAGCCGACCCACGCUAUAGUAGACUAAUAGCUGUCAUUGCUAGGUUAUUUAUCAUCAAAUAUGAUUACGUAGUACCUGUCUUGACUGCAUCAAACUAGUUAAGCUAGCUAACGUUAGCUAGCUAGUCUAAUUGAGGCUACAGUGUUCAGUUCAAGUUUGAACCUUUAUUGCAAACUCAAAACCCAACAAUGUAAUACUAGAGAAAUAAGAAGAAUAUGAAGAACACAAUAAGUAAGCAAGCAUACUAUAUACAGGGUCAGGCAAGACCGGACAAGAAGAUCACGUCAGUGACUCAACCCACUCAAGUCGAGUAUAGCGCAAAAAAGCCUGGCAAUCAUUGUCGCCGGUGAUCAGGCCAACCACCGUUGUGUCGUCAGCAAACUUGAUGGUGUUAGAGUUGUGCGUGGCCACGCAGUCGUGGGUGAACAGGGAGUUCGCUAUGAGACUCGAAAUUGAGCUACGGUGCAUCCUGUUUCCAUUGAUCAUCCUUGCUAUUUCUACAACUUGAUUGGAGUCCACCUGUGGUAAAUUCAAUUGAUUGGACAUGAUUUGGAAAGGCACACACCUGUCUAUAUAAGGUUCCACAGUUGACAGUGCAUGUCAGAGCAAAAACCAAGCCAUGAGGUCGAAAGAAUUGUCUGUAGAGCUCAGAAACAGGAUUGUCAAGGCACAGAUCUGGGGAAGGGUACCAAAGAAUUUCUGCAGCAUUGAAGGUCCCCAAAAACACAGUUGCCUCCAUCAUUCUUAAAUGGAGGCCGUUUGGAACCACCAAGACUACCUAGAGCUUCCUAUUUCGCAACAAAGCCUCCCUCACUCAUGCUGCCAAACAUGCCCUCGUAAAACUGACUAUCCUACCGAUCCUUAACUUCGGCAAUGUCAUUUACAAAAUAGCCUCCAACACUCUACUCAGCAAAUUGGAUGUAGUCUAUCACAGUGCCAUCCUUUUUGUCACCAAAGCCCCAUAUACUACCCACCAUUAUGACCUGUACGCUCUCGUUGGCUGGCCCUCACUACAUAUUUGUCGCCAAUCCCACUGGCUCCAGGUCAUCUAUAAAUCUCUGCUAGGCAAAUCCCCGCCUUAUUUUAGCUCACUGGUCACCAUAGCAACACCCACCCGUAGUCUGCGCUCCAGCAGGUAUAUCUCACUGGUCAUCCCCAAAGCCAACACCUCCUUUGGCCGCCAUUCCUUCCAGUUCUCUGCUGCUAAUGACUGGAACGAACUGCAAAAAUCUCUGAAGCUGGAGACUCUUAUCUCCCUCACUAACUUAUGCAUCAGUUGUCAGAGCAGCUUACUGAUCACUGCACCUGUACAGCCCAUUCUGUAAUUAGCCCACCCAAAUACCUCAUCCCCAUAUUGUUAUUUAUUUUGCUCAUUUGCACCCCAGUAUCUCUAUUUGCACAUCUUCUGUUUAAUACAAAAUUGUCAUUAUUUUGCACUAUGGCCUAUUUAUUGCCUUACCUCCAUAACUUACUACAUUUGCACACACUGUAUAUUGACUGUUUGUUUUGUUUAUCCCAUGUGUAACUCUGUUGUUUUUAGCGCACUGCUUUGCUUUAUCUUGGCCAGGUCGCAGUUAUAAAUGAGAAAUUGUUCUCAACUGGCUUACCUGGUUAAAUAAAGGUAAAAUAAAAAUACAUGCCUAGCUCCAGUAUAUUUAUUUGCUCGUCAUAGAAAGAUUUUGUAGAUUUUAGAAGGUGACUUACACUAGUGCCUGGUGCUGAGUUUGAUGAUGCCUCUGCAGAUGUUGAUGGGAUAGGACUCUAAAGAGAACACUUUGUCACGUUAGCCUCUGCAGUAGUUAGUUAGCUAUCUAACAGUUAGCUUCUUUAGGUUACGUUAGCUAGCUAGCUAAUGUUAGCUUGCAAAGUUACAAAUCACAUCGUCAGAGUUAGAUAGAUAGUAGCUAGCUAAUUACAUUUAUAUGUUUUGGAAUGUCUAGCCAGCGUAUUAAGAAAGCUAGCUAGCUAGUUUUUGGUUUGGAUAAACAAAUGUAGUUAGCUAGGUAACGUUAGCUACCUUACCUUAGCUUGUCCUCUUUUCUGCUGCGCUGAUGUUGGCUGAUCGUAUGCCUUCCUCUUUGAAGUGAAGGGGAAAAUCCAUGGAAUAGCGUACAUUUUCAACGUUCAUAAACAUGGCAACCCCAUCAGUUGAUUCUUCACUUUAGUUAAGAAGGUGCCUGGUUCGAGCCCCUGCUCUGUCUUCCCCCCUCAUUCACUAACUACCAAGAAGAUAACAUUGUAUGAUUGUUGUUGAUAAUGCUUUCUCUGACCCUCUCUUUCUCUCCCCCCCCCCUCCUCAGGAGGUGAGUGCGUUUGGUGAGGAGGGAGAGGGGGACCACCUGGAUGAGUGGACUGUGCAGUGCGGAGGGUCAGUGUGGGAGCGUGAGGAGGCCGUCCGCUUCCAGCAUGCCUCCACUGAUACAUUGCUAUCUGUUACGGGGGAGCAGUACGGCCGGCCCAUCCACGGGCAGAGGGAGGUUCACGCUAUGACGGGCUCCAGCCAGCACAGCCUGUGGAGGGCCAUGGAGGGGGUGUAUAUGAAGCCCAGUGAAAGCCCACUAGGGAACAUGGACUACAGCCAUCCUCUACACACAGAGUUCUAAUUCUAAAUCAACCUGUUACCUGACCCAGCUAGCGCUUAGUUAACUAACUACUCAGUGUUUCUUAAUCCUGGUUCUGG